AUGAAGCUCUAUUACGAGGCCUCGCGGUUUCUGACCGACUCCAAGUCUGGAUCUUUACAGAACCGGGUCUUUGGGUCGUAUCGGGACAAGAAGAUCCAGUCUGACCCAAAACACGUUUAUGCUUUGGUGCUUUCGACGUUGAAAUACAAGCCUUUUAUUUUGGAGAUCAUCAAGAAGUGCAAGUUGCUGACGAUCGAGAAGAAAGCCAAGCUUACCGAGCCCAUGGCACUGUUGCUGGUCCACGACUUGCUGUUCUCCAAAGGAGGCAGAAUCCAUAGCAAACACCAUCCGUUGAAAGACGCCAUAGUCCGCAAUAAAACUAGACUCCAUGCAGAGCUGACCAAGUUGAAGCUCAAGCACGGGGUCCGUUCGCUAGAGGACCUCAUAGAGGACGACGAGACGCCCGUGAGAUGGUUCCGGGCAAAUCGCGUGAAAACCACGGCCGCGAAAGUCGUUGAGGAACUGAGUCAUCUGCGACAGGUGUUCAGCAUUGAGGAUAUCGAGAAGGGCACCAUCUACCACGACGAGUACGUGACAGACCUGUUUGGGAUCCAUCCGCGCGAAGAUCUUGUUUCCACGCGACUGUACAAGGCGGGCGAGGUGAUUAUUCAGGACCGUGCGUCGUGCUUCCCUGCUUUCAUUCUGAAUCCACAGCCUGGAAAAGAUCUAAUCAUUGACUCCUGUGCGGCCCCUGGCAACAAGACCACGCACUUGGCGGCCAUUUUGCGCAACAGUCCAGAGUCCGUGAUAGCGUUCGAGAAGAACAAAGAGCGUGCCAAGGUGCUGGAGAAGAUGUGCGACAAGGCAGGAGGUUUAGGGUGUAUUCGUGUGCAGCAGGGAGAUUUCACAGCUACCAACCCAGAGGAAUAUCCACAGGUGACCGGUUUGUUAGUUGACCCGUCGUGCUCUGGAAGCGGGAUCUUUGGCCGCGCGUUCGAGGAAAACGACGCCCAGGAGUACACAGAGGAACGGCUCAAGAAACUGGCCAGUUUCCAGGCCUCCAUUAUGAAACACGCCAUGAAGUUCCCGAACGCGCGCAAGAUCGUGUACUCGACGUGCUCUAUCCAUGCGCAGGAGAACGAGCAGGUUGUGGUGGAUCUGUUGCUGGACAAGGCGGUUCAAAAGCAGGGCUGGAGAGUGUGCAACCGCAAGGACGUGAUCCCCAGCUGGCCACGACGCGGUCUCGUGGAGGAGUUCAGCGCUAUGGAGAACCCAGAAGCCUGUGCAGAAGGGUGUAUUCGGACGAUGCCAAAAGUGGAAGGAGGAAUCGGUUUCUUCGCUAUCUGGGGUCUUGAUGGUGUCCUCCUUGAGGUUGGCAUCGACGGCGGAGUAGAUCCGGGCAGCAGCUUCUGGAUAGCCCAUGAACUCCAACAUCAGAGCACUGGAACGGAUGGUUGCAAUUGGGUUGGCAAUGCCCUUUCCUUCAAUAUCUGGGGCAGAACCGUGACAUGGCUCUCCAAUGGCAAAGUUGUCUCCAACGUUGGCAGAAGGAACAACACCCAACGAUCCAACAAGAGCAGCAGCUCCGUCAGACAAAAUGUCUCCGUAAAGGUUUGGAGCCACAACAACGUCAAAGAUUUCUGGCUCACGGAACAUUCUGUCCUCUGUGUUUUCUCUAACAAUGACCAUGUCGACGGGUCUACCGAUACCUUCGACACUCUUGACUGGUCUGACGUUGGCGUAGAGACCAAGCUUUUUACGCAAAGCCACGAUCGGAGAAGAGUAGCCUUGGACUUUGGUGGUUGGAGACGAGACUGCACCGAAAAGUGCGCCGUCGCACGAGUCCUGCAGAACCUUGACGGUUUCAUCUGGAAGAGCGGUACCAGUCUGUUUGAACAGUUCGAAACCGGCCUUGAGGUCGGUGAACUCGAAUUUCAGGUUCAGAUCAGAUGGAAGAGCUUCCAACACCUGUUUACCAGCAGGAAUGACCUCUCUUCCAAUUCCGUCUCCUGGAAUUAA